UCUAGUCUGGCUGCUUGUUUGGUAUGCAUGAGCAUUGCUGCUCCAAAAGAGAAGAGGAAGCUUUCUUGAGGUUGAUCAGAUGCCACCGUUGAAGUAGUGGGAAGUGCUAAUUUUCUAGCACUGAAAAGAGGGAGCUGUUGUUAGCUACUAUGGUCAUGGAGAAUUGAGUGGACAAAAAGAGAUCAGCCUAACACUUUUGGCAAGCCAGGUUCAUAAAGUGAGAUUUACAAAAGAGGGUAAUGAAUCAGCCAGAUGCUCCACGGCCUCUGAACUGGACCAUUCGGAAGCUGUGCCAUGCAGCUUUUCUCCCAUCAGUCCGACUUCUCAAGGCACAGAAAUCCUGGAUUGAGAGAGCAUUUAGCAAGAGAGAAUGUGUUCACAUCAUAGUGAGCUCAAAAGACCACCAUAGGUGCUGCUGCGGACGUCUGACAGGUCAACAUGUUGGACUUCCUCCAAGCAUCUCAACCAGUCAGAAUGAGAACAGUGACAAACAAUCAGAGAAGUGGUCAAUUAGCAAGCACACACAGCUCAGCCCUACGGAUGCUUUUGGAACCAUUGAAUUCCAAGGAGGGGGGCACUCAAAUAAAGCUAUGUACGUCCGUGUUUCCUAUGAUGCGAAGCCUGACCUCCUAUUGCACCUGAUGACAAAAGAGUGGCAGCUAGAUCUUCCCAAACUUCUGAUCUCAGUCCAUGGGGGCCUGCAGAACUUUGAACUCCAGCCAAAACUCAAGCAGGUCUUUGGAAAAGGCUUGAUUAAAGCAGCUAUGACAACAGGGGCAUGGAUCUUCACUGGAGGAGUGAACACAGGAGUGAUUCACCAUGUUGGGGAUGCAUUGAAAGACCAUGCAUCAAAAUCAAGAGGGAAGAUCUGCUCCAUCGGCAUCGCUCCUUGGGGUAUAGUGGAAAACCAGGAGGAUCUCAUUGGAAAAGAUGUGGUCAGACCCUACCAGACCAUGUCCAACCCCUUGAGCAAGCUGACCGUGUUAAACAGCAUGCACUCCCACUUCAUACUGGCCGACAAUGGAACGACAGGGAAAUAUGGGGCUGAAGUGAAGCUACGCAGACAGUUGGAGAAGCACAUCUCACUACAGAAGAUUAACACCAGAAUUGGACAAGGGGUUCCGGUGGUUGCUCUUAUUGUGGAAGGAGGUCCUAAUGUCAUCUCCAUUGUGCUGGAGUAUCUGAGAGACACUCCUCCUGUGCCUGUGGUUGUCUGUGAUGGCAGCGGGCGUGCUUCCGACAUCCUUGCAUUCGGGCACAAAUACUCUGAAGAUGGAGGGGUCAUCAACGAGUCUCUGAGGGACCAGCUACUGGUCACAAUCCAGAAGACCUUUAACUACAGCCGUACCCAGGCCCAGCACCUCUUCAUAAUACUGAUGGAGUGCAUGAAGAAGAAAGAGCUGAUCACUGUAUUUAGAAUGGGAUCAGAAGGACAUCAAGACAUUGACUUAGCCAUCCUGACAGCUCUUCUGAAAGGAGCCAAUGCUUCAGCACCAGAUCAGCUGAGCUUAGCCUUGGCAUGGAACAGAGUUGACAUUGCACGUAGUCAGAUCUUUAUUUAUGGACAGCAAUGGCCGGUGGGUUCCCUGGAGCAAUCCAUGCUGGACGCUCUGGUGCUGGACAGAGUGGACUUUGUCAAGCUGCUGAUAGAGAACGGGGUCAGCAUGCAUCGUUUCCUCACCCUCUCCAGACUGGAGGAGCUCUAUAACACGAGACACGGCCCAUCAAACACUUUAUACCAUCUAGUCAGAGAUGUUAAAAAGGGGAACCUUCCUCCAGAUUACCGCAUCAGUCUGAUAGACAUUGGCCUUGUGAUUGAGUACUUGAUGGGUGGAGCAUAUCGCUGCAACUACACGAGAAAGAGGUUUAGAACUCUCUAUCACAAUCUCUUUGGGCCCAAGAGGCCAAAAGCACUAAAACUACUAGGAAUGGAGGAUGAUAUGCCUAUGAGAAGAGGUAGACAGAAGACUACCAAGAAGGGGGAAGAGGAGGUGGACAUUAACUUGGAUGACCCUGAAAUCAACCACUUCCCCUUUCCCUUCCAUGAGCUCACGGUGUGGGCCGUGUUGAUGAAGCGGCAAAAGAUGGCCCUGUUCUUCUGGCAGCAUGGUGAGGAGGCCAUGGCCAAGGCCCUGGUGGCAUGCAAGCUGUGCAAAGCCAUGGCGCACGAGGCAUCAGAGAAUGAUAUGGUAGAUGACAUAUCACAGGAGCUGAACUACAAUUCCAGGGAGUUUGGUCAGUUGGCAGUGGAGCUGUUGGACCAGUCCUACAAACAGGAUGAGCAGUUGGCCAUGAAACUGUUGACUUAUGAGCUGAAGAACUGGAGCAAUGCCACCUGUCUCCAGCUGGCUGUGGCAGCCAAGCACAGGGACUUCAUUGCCCACACCUGCAGCCAGAUGCUGCUCACAGAUAUGUGGAUGGGGAGACUGCGCAUGAGGAAAAACUCUGGACUGAAGGUCAUCCUUGGACUGUUGUUGCCACCCUCGAUCCUGAACCUGGAGUUCAAGAACAAGGAUGAGAUGUCAUACGUGCCCCAAGAUCAAGAAGCCUGCCUUCAGGAGAAGGAGACAGAAGAGACAGAGAAGCCAGUGAAGGAGAAGGAAGAAGAAGACAUGGAGUUCACAGUAAGAUCAUACUGUGGGACGAAAUACAACUCCGUGGCAAUGCUGGGAAAAGUAAAUAAGGAAUCUUCCCGAAAAAAAGUUGUAGAGGACGUCCAGAGCAGGCAAAGGCUAAUACCCUUCGGAAGAAAAAUCUAUGAGUUUUACAAUGCUCCCAUUGUCAAGUUUUGUUUUCAUACUAUGGCAUAUGUUGGCUACCUGAUGCUGUACAACUACAUUGUUCUUGUGAAAAUGGACGUUUGGCCUUCUUCUCAGGAGUGGAUUGUUAUCGCCUACAUCUUUACACUGGGAAUAGAGAAGAUGAGAGAGAUCCUCAUGUCUGAGCCUGAGAAGCUGUUGCAGAAAGUGAAGGUGUGGCUGCAGGAGUACUGGAACAUCACUGACCUCAUGGCUAUUCUUUUAUUCUCUGUGGGGAUGGUGCUGCGACUACAAGAACCCCCUUUCAUGAGCUAUGGCAGAGUCAUCUACUGUGUCAACAUCAUUUACUGGUACAUUCGGCUGCUGGACAUUUUUGGAGUCAAUAAGUAUUUGGGCCCCUAUGUCAUGAUGAUAGGAAAGAUGAUGAUCGAUAUGAUGUAUUUUGUCAUCAUUAUGCUGGUGGUCUUGAUGAGUUUUGGAGUUGCACGGCAAGCGAUUCUCAAUCCCAACGAGGAGCCCUCCUGGAUGCUGGCAAGGAAUAUAUUCUACAUGCCCUACUGGAUGAUCUAUGGAGAAGUGUUUGCAGACCAGAUAGACCCUCCAUGUGGACAGAACAUAACUAAUGAAGAUGGUAAUAUAGUAGAGCUGCCUCCCUGUAAAACAGGAGCAUGGAUCGUUCCAGCCAUCAUGGCGUGUUACCUCUUAGUGGCAAAUAUCCUUUUGGUUAACCUUCUAAUAGCUGUGUUCAACAAUACCUUUUUUGAAGUCAAAUCCAUAUCCAAUCAGGUGUGGAAGUUUCAGAGGUACCAGCUCAUCAUGACGUUCCAUGAAAGGCCUGUUUUGCCACCCCCGCUGAUCAUCUUCAGUCACAUGACAAUGCUAUGCCAGCAUUUGUGCUGUCGCUGGAGGAAACAUGAGGAUCAAGACGAGAGGGAUUAUGGACUGAAACUGUUCAUCACAGAGGACGAACUCAAGAAGGUGCAUGACUUUGAAGAGCUGUGUAUUGAGGAGUACUUCAGAGAAAAGGAUGACCAGUUUAACUCUUCAAAUGAUGAAAGAAUCAGAGUCACAUCUGAGAGAGUUGAGAACAUGGCCAUGCGUUUGGAAGAGGUCAAUGAACGUGAACACUUCAUGAAGGCCUCCCUUCAGAUGGUGGACACACGGCUCGCUCAGAUGGAGGAGAUAAUUGGGCGCAUGGCAACAGCCCUGGAAAAAGUGGCUGGUGUUGAAAGAGGUGAAAUCAACCAGACAAGGUCUAGAACUUCCUCAGAUUGCACUGACACAGCCUACAUUAUCAGACAGAGCAGCUUCAACAGCCAAGAAGGGAAUUCUUACAAAAUCCAGGAAGCCAUUGAACAAGCCGGAGAGGAAUCCAUGUCUCCCACCUCACCCACUAUCAUGCCUCGCAUAAGAAGCCACUCGUUCUAUGCUGUGGGCACUAUAGACAUGAGCCCAGUGGAGAAAAUAGGGUGUUUUAAAGAGAAAGCCUUAAGCUUACACAGAGCUAACAGCUCACAGUCGGUAGCUGCUCAGAAAGAGCCAAGGCAGAUACCACUGCCUAUAAAAACGCUGUCUGUCACCCAUGACUCCAAAAGGCCUUCUUGUAUAGACAUUUAUGUCUCAUCUUCGGAGGAGUCCCACCCCACACAAGAAACCAAGGAUGGUGCAUUGAAGGUCUCAGUUAAUAGGGACCCAUCUUUUCACUCAGAAAUCAUGGCUGCGGUUUUGGGUAGUCAAAGUUACAGCACAGCAGCUGACAAAUGCUCUGAAGGGACUGGGAUCUUUGAAGAUAGUGCUGUGUUGGACCUUUCAGUGUGCCUGUCUGGCACUUCCGAUGUCACAGACAGUCAGCAGCAGUGGGACUUAGAUCCGCCCCAACACCUAGAGCGGUCGAAAAGUAGCCGGUAUCUUUCUGCAUCUCCACUAUACCUUGAAGACAUGUCAAUGGUGAAAUCCCACAGUUUAAUGUUCACUCCUACCAGAGGGUAUUACAGUGGCAUUAGCGUUCAGAUCAAAGCAGCAGAGUACACCAGUAUUACUGACUGUAUAGACACUCGAUGUGUCUCUACUUCUCAGAGCUGUGCAGAGCGCUCUUCCUCCCCUGGUGGGUCUUUCUGUGAGAAACCUGAAGAUAUGGGUAUUUCUCACCCAGAGAGGGAAGCAGAGUUAACUCAUCCAGGUUCAGACACUGAGGACACUGAAAGUGACUCCAAGAAAAGGAUUCUAUUGGGCUGCCAGGGAACUUCUGUAAUCGGGACCCUGUCCAGGCUGGAGCGAGUAAAUAGCUGCUCAAUAGAAGAUCCACACCAGAUGAACACACACACAAAGAAAAGCGUUUCUAUAAGCGAUAAUCUGGACCAGCAAAGAAACUCCCGAAAUCCCUUACUGAGGAGCAAGUCAGCAAAGCCAGAAGGGAAGACAGAAAGCUUGUCAAUGAAAAAGAUGACAAAGAUGUCAGCUUUCCAUAGUUUUGACAGUAGGCAGAAUUUUACAUAAAAAAUUGUAGCGUGCUUCCUUACAUGCUACUAAGCUCUCCAGUUCUGCACUAUGGGAUAAAAUAAGUUAAUAUCCACCCUUUCCGUGUAUUAGCUUGAUGUGGAUUAGUGGUACUAUUAAAGUAUGGAUGGGCAAAUUCCCAAUGUAUGUAUGUAUUUUUUUUUUUUUUUUCAAAUGUAUUAUCUCAAAGGGUAUAAAACUACUCAAAGGGCCAAAAUUAUAAUACGUUCACUUUGGGCCUGUUUGGAAUCGAGAAAUCCCUUCAUAGUAGUAUGAUUCAUCUUACUAUUGUUUUUCCUUUCACAAAGGCAGCAUUUCCAAAAAGAAAAAUAUUCCUUGCCCUUUCUGACAUCACCUGACACCAAAGUAAUGAUCAAUAUCUUAAUGUUAUCCUGAAUUGGUUUUAUUGUGGCUCCCUGUAGGUGGGGAAUCCCUAGCUUGCAGAUACCACAUGUUGAUAAUUACAGAUAUAACUAAUGUAUUGUUCUUGUUGUUUAAUGCACUUUGUAUUAUUUUCUAUUUCAAUCAUCACAUCCUGGAAUAAUUUAAAACUUACAGUUUAAAGCACCCCUGUAGUCUUAGAAGAGCUCUCGGAAUCUCUAGUUCAAGUGCAUCAGGUAUAUCAAAUUUUAACAGGCAGCCUCUUCUAUAACUCUCUAAGGACUUUAGAGCAAUUUUCUAUUGGUAUUACUUGAUGCACCUGAUGUAAUCUGAAUAUAGACAUGAUUCUAAGAGCGCUAUCAAGGCCACAUGAAUAAUUCUGUGUUUCAAAAAAGUCACCAGCUUGUUAUGACUGCAACAGAAAAUUAUACAAAAUUAAUCUAAGCAAGACGGCCAAUUAGUUAUUUAAAAUAUUAUGAAAUCACUGUUAAUUAAAAUAAGAGCAUAUAAUAAAUAUUUUAUUAUUUUUAAACCAAACAAAGCACUUUUGAGACCAGACCUCCUGUUGUUGUAUUUUAGCCCCUCUAUAGUGCUUUUAACUGUAAGCAUGAAACAUGUUUGAAUUGUUUUACUGGUAUAUAUGUACAAAUUAAAGUAACUUAUCUGGUACAGAAGUGUUUGAUUUUAACCAUUUGCCCAUCUUUACUUUAAAACUACACUGAACAUACACAUAUUAAUUUACAAACCCUGUUACAUUCAGGAGUCACUAACCUACAGUUUUACAGAGUCCCAUAUCUGCUGAAUAUUAAACAUCUCUGAACCUCUAGACACAUAAAUAAUGACAGCACUGAUCAUUUAUUUCAAGAUACAUAAUGGCAGCAGCAGGGUUCUAUUUGUGAUAUUUCAUUCCUGCCACAAGCUGCAGAGUUUCUUUAUAAUCCUCUAUUAAUAAACCCACUAUACUCACUCAUCCCACAUAAAAUCUAAUUCAAGCCAGUACUCAGUUGGAAUUUGGAACAAUAUAAUUCCAUACAAUUCUAUAUAUCUGCAUGUCCUACUGGGUAAUACACUUUCAGAGUUUAUAAUUUUGAUCAGGCUGCUAAAAAACAAAAACACUCUUGCCCCCAUGGUCAAAAUGUGAAUGUAGCGCAAUCAAACAUGUAUUUAAUGACCACAACUGUUUUUAAAAAAUACAUAUUUAAAUAGAUUCAAUAAAACAUGGGGAAAAGGGGAACUAGCUGCCCCACACAUUCAAUAGUGAGCAUACUGACAAUAUGAUUAAAUCUACAGCAAAAAGUAACAGUGAAAACAAGCCUACACACUCUUUUUUCAAUUUCAAUAAACAUUGCAUUGACGAUAGAAAUCUUUUUUGGAACAAUAAAAGUGACCAAAUAUCUAAUACAGCGCUUACAAUAAAAUGCUUAAGAUUAUUAUGUUGCAGCAGUGACAGACCAAAUUUAGGACCGAAAAGCAGUAUUUUUUUUCUAAGCAUUUUAAUAUUUGUCAAAAGCAAAGAAUGCUUAAAAGAGUGCAAAUGGGGUUUGGGGUUUGGGCAUUGAGAGUGCUUUCUGAGGAUGCUUAUAAAUAUUUUUUAUUCUUUCACAAGAAACCUUUGAACUACAAAAAGUAUGUUUUAAAAAAUGAAUUAAAGACUGCCUGGUCCCCAUGACGGGGUACGUUUGUCAUCAAGGAAAGCUGGCCUAACUUGGCCAGGGGGAUGUUUUUUUUUAUUUUUUUUUAUUUGGCAAAACAAAAUUUAAAGCAUGACUUAAUAUAUCAGGAGUGCAAAUUUGGCACUAUAGCACUACGGUCAGGGUUCCUAUAGCACCAGCAACAUUAAAUUCUGGCGCCAGUAGACAUUGGGUCUGGACUACUUACAUGACACGGGAGAGGAGGUUUGUGUCGUGUGUGAAGUUUACCUGCAAUAACUGGUUGCAAACAUGUCUCAACAGUGCACUUUUACCCCUUAUUACUCGUUGAAGAGUGGUGGGGAGGGGGACUUGAUUAGGGCAAGGUUAGUAAUUUCACACCAGUAGGUUCUUUGGUGCAAAACUUUCGAAACAGUUUAGCACUAAUUUUCAAAACAAUAUUAAGUAAAGAUUUAA